AUGACAAACCCCAGGCCAAAGAUAUGGCUCGAUAGUACCAUUGGAUCGAAUCUACUUGCUCAGAUCAGCGGCGAUCCAGGACUACCACAACCCAAACCCACCGUAUCGUCAUGGCAGGUGCCGUCUCACCCCGCGGUUGGCAGCGCACAAUCCAAAGUGUUACCACGCACCACGGACUUCCUCAUCAUCGGGUCAGGCAUCACGGGUCUCGGUGUCGCCAAAACUCUGUUGGAAGACCCGACUUCGGGAUCGAAAACCGUCACCGUGCUGGAUGCUCGAGGUUUGUGUAGCGGCGCCACCGGCCGCAACGGGGGCCAGCUCGUCAAACCGUACGCGCUUCGAUUUGCGCAACUGGCCGACGACUUUGGUCUCGAAACGGCGACCAAGAUUGCCCGUCUGGCUCUGUACACGUUGGAAGAAAUGCACCGCCUCGCAGACAGCUACGACGACAACCUGCGUAGGGAGGCGGUCGCGCGACGAGUCACCAAGCGAAUCGUCUACAUGGACAAGGCAUCCUGGGGUCGUGUCCAAGCAGCCGUCGACCUCUACGAGACUCAUCUCCCCGAAGAAAAGGGUUCGUUUCAACGGGUGCCCAAGGAGGAAGUAGAAUCGGGGUGGAAUGUCAAGGGUGGCUAUGGGGGUUACAAGUUCCCCGCCGGAGUCUGUUGGCCGUAUCGACUCGUCACCGGCGUGUUCAAGCGCCUCCAGGACAAAUACGGCGGCAGUGGCCGACUCAAUAUCGAAACCCACACUCCCGCGACGGCCAUCUUGUACGACGCAGACACCGACCCGGCGCACCCGUACAUGGUGGUGACGCCGCGAGGUAUCAUCCGCACCGCGGCCCUGGUCCACUGCAACAACGGCCACGCCUCACACUUGCUCCCUCACUUACGAGGCAAGAUCUGGCCGCUGCGCGGGACCAUGUCUUCCCAGGAACCCGGACACAAGUUCCCCGACCUGAGUAGUAAGAUGUCUUGGACCUUUUUACGUGACAUGCACUACGACAAACCCUCGGGGACCCUCGAGUUGGGAUGGUGGUACGCUCUCCAGAACGCACCGGCGGGAGAUGUCUGGAUCGGCGGCGACCACAAGCGGGUCGAGGAGAUUUUUACGGCCGACGACUCACAGGUCGGCGAAGAGAGCGUCGAGACCGUCUCCAACAUCCUCCCGCGGGUGUUUACAGAGAAAUGGAUGCCCCAAAAACCCAAGGUGCAAAGAAUCUGGACCGGAGUCAUGUCGCGGACAGGAGACACCUUGCCGUUCGUUGGCUGGUUGUGUUCGACCGCCACGGGGCGGCCGGGAAAGGGUGAAUGGAUCGCGGCCGGGUGGAACAGCUACGGCAUGACCAACGGACUCACGAGUGGUAGGGCAGUGGCGCUCAUGAUGUUGGGCAAGGAUCCUCCAGACUGGUUCCCCAGCGCCUAUCUGCCGACGGAAGAGAGGUUGAACAAACCCGCGUUCACCGCCGAGGCCGCCACGUUGAGGUUUUUGGACGAGUCUGGUAUCGGUGCAACCUUACAGCCGAGCCUUGAAGGAAGACCAAAGCUGUGAAAUAUUGUUAUUUUGUUUGCAUGUGGUAAACAUACAAGGUCGGCCCAUUUGAAGCAAGCAGACAAUUCCAGACAAUGGAAUAAGAAUGUCUGUCUCUGAUUCGGUCAGAC